ACUGCUCUCACAUUUGUUCCCCUGACUCUUGCCUAACAAGCCAAUCCUGUCACUUCUGGGCUACAAAGAAGACAAUGACCUGUCCCUAGAUACACAGCAGAGACAGGAUGGAUGAGACUUCUUGGAGAGAUGAAUUUGACAGUAAGAUUGAGGAAAUACAAGUACCACAUAAGUGGAACCUCUCUGUGGAUUCUCAUCUCAAGCAGGAGAAGCAAGGAUGGCUGCUAUAUACACAAUGUACAUUUGCCAGGUUCACCUGCUCACAUUGUAGGCGUUGGUGGAACUCGGCAGAAGUUCAUAUCUUGUUUGCUAUAAAGCUAGAUGGAAAUGGCAUUGUGAAAAUGAGGAUCUUCAGGCAGGAGUGUAAACGAUGCAACAAUUCAGUGAUGGAGAAACCUGAGAUCACCUAUGAGAACCUCAAAAGGGUCAUCAGCAAUCUAGUUAACAGAAUCAAAAGCAAAAUUUAUAGGCAGAGCAAUGGAAAUGAAGAUUUAAAGUCUGUGAUCUACAGUGAUAAAAUAGAAGGUCCUCAUGACAAGGCACACUGUGAGGCAUGUAAGCACCAAGUUUGUCAAUGGCAGAUUAUAGAUGAGGAGCAACAAAGUCCAUCAGACCUUCAGGAACCCUCAACUGAUUGGCCAAGACCACCUGCAGUUAUUCCAUUGCCUCCGCCACCUCAUCUAGACACAGCAAGUUUUUCACCACCAACACCUCGGCGACCAUCAGUAAUACCAUUACCUCCACCAGCAAAGCCAUCUACACCAAGUCUGUCACCUCCAACAGCUCAACGAUCUUCAGUAAUUCCAUUACCCCCACCAACUCAACCAUCCUCACCAAGUCUAUCACCACCAACACCUAGGCGUCCAUCAGUUAUUCCAUUGCCUCCACCACCUCAUCUAGACACAGCAAGUUUUUCACCACCAACACCUAGGCGUCCAUCAGUUAUUCCUUUACCCCCACCAACACUGUCAUCUUCAACAGUUCUGUUACCAUCAACCACAAAACCACCUUUGGUAAUUCCUUUACCCCCUCCAGUUAAACAAGACUCUGCAGUCUUAUUAUCCCCAAUAACUCAGCUACCCUUAGUAAUUUCAUUACCACCAACUACCAAAUCACAAUCAGUUAUGCCAUUAACUCCACCAAGUGAAACACCAUCGGUUGUUUCAUUGCCACCACCAACUCAAAAAUCCCCAGAAAACAAUACAUCUGAAGAUACAUUGGUUCUUGGUACAGGAAUAGAGGGUUUAUUUAUAUAAGUAUAAUUUUGGGAUAGGGGACUUCAAACAUAUUUAUUUCAAAGUUUUAAUUUUCAAAAAUCUGUUCAUAAGUAAGAGCUUUUAAAUAUGUAUUAAAGUUGUCCUUAUCACCCUAA